GCUGACAACAAAGCAGUUUUAUAUCCAGCUUAUGUCAUUGAAAGAAAGAAAGACCAGUAGGGAAACAAUGAUUUCACGCUGGAUGGAUGGUGGGCUUUCUGCCUUCGCAUUGUGCACACAUCUGUAGUGUGUCUUCUGCUGCAACAGUAGGCCUCAUGCUGGCUUUGACUAGUACCUACCCGUACCGUACAUCCUCGUGUGGUGGUACUGUACAUUGGUUGUUUCACACUUCAAACUAACCAACCACUUUUCCUUAUUUCUCAAAUUUCACAGACAAUUUCGUGGGCUAUCAGCGGAAGUGUGUGAGCUCCAGAAACCGAACAUGACUGAAAAUGGACUUGGGCACCGGGAGAGGGUGCUUAACAUGGACACCAUGAACCCGAAUGUAAAGCGGGUUGAGUAUGCUGUCCGUGGUCCAAUCGUGCAACGUGCGGUGCAGAUUGAAAAGGAGCUCAAAGAGGGAGUUAAGAAGCCCUUUACUGAGGUCAUCAAAGCCAACAUCGGUGAUGCACAUGCCAUGGGCCAGAAACCAAUCACAUUUCUCAGACAGGUUGUAGCGCUGUGCGUGUACCCGGAUCUCCUAGAAGACGACAAGUUUCCAGAGGAUGCUAAAAACCGAGCACGGCGCAUCCUUCAGGCCUGUGGAGGGGGGAGUUUAGGUGCAUACAGUGCUAGUCCAGGCAUUGAGGUCAUACGACAGGAUGUGGCUAAAUUCAUUGAGAAGCGGGACGGUGGAAUUCCCAGUAACCCUGACAACAUCUAUCUCUCUACCGGGGCCAGUGAUGCCAUAGUGACCAUGCUGAAGUUGUUGACGUCAGGCGAGGGGAAGACCCGUACAGGGGUGAUGAUCUCCAUCCCUCAGUACCCCCUCUACUCCGCUGCUCUGGCUGAGCUGGCGGCUGUCCAGAUCAGCUACUACCUGGACGAGGACAAGUGCUGGAGCCUGGACGUCGAUGAGCUGAGGAGGACUGUGAAGGCAGCCAGGGAGCACUGUAACCCCCGCGCCCUCUGCAUUAUCAACCCUGGCAACCCCACAGGUCAAGUCCAGAGCAAGCAGUGCAUUGAAGAUGUGAUCCGAUUUGUUGCUGAGGAGCACCUUUUCCUGAUGGCUGAUGAGGUUUACCAGGAUAAUGUGUACGCGGAGGGUUGCCAGUUCCACUCCUUUAAGAAGGUUCUGUUUGAGAUGGGAUCAGAGUACUCCAGUGUUGUAGAGCUGGCCUCCUUCCAUUCCACCUCCAAAUGCUACAUGGGAGAGUGUGGUUUCAGGGGAGGGUACAUGGAGGUGAUUAACAUGGACCCUGAGGUGAAGUUGCAGCUGACAAAGCUGGUGUCUGUGCGGCUGUGCCCCCCCAUCCCUGGGCAGGCCCUGCUGGACCUGGUAGUCAACCCCCCUCAGGCUGACGAGCCUUCCUAUGCCACAUUCAUCAAGGAGCGUACUGCCAACCUGCAUAUCCUGUCUGAGAAGGCCAAGAUGACAGAGCAGGUCCUUAACACGGUCCCAGGGAUCCACUGUAACCCUGUCCAGGGAGCCAUGUACACCUUCCCCCGCCUCACACUGCCAGAGAAAGCCAUCAACGCAGCCAAGGAAAAGGAACAGGCUCCAGACAUGUUCUACUGUAUGAAACUGCUGGAGGAGACAGGCAUCUGUCUGGUCCCAGGGAGUGGCUUCGGACAGAGGGAUGGAACCUACCACUUCAGGAUGACCAUCUUGCCUGCAACUGAAAAGCUAAAGAAUGUAUUGGAAAAGAUCAGGGAGUUUCAUAAGCGGUUCACAGAGGAGUUCUCAUAACCCCAAACUCCUCCCCCCUCCUCUACCUAGUCCAGUCUGUCACAGAAACCCACCCCUCCUCCUCAGCAACUGGAUUGAAUAUCAAACAGAAAGGGUGCCAGUGAGUUACCAAGUGCCUUUGUGUGGCUGGAACGGUCACCACACCACACCCCCUGUUCGACUCUCUCCCCUCUAAUGCCCUAGAGUUGACAUUACAAGGAAAGCACUGUUAAAAAAACGGCACUAUUUAACAUGGUACCUGGUCUGCUGUUCUGUUUUAGCUCAUUGUUUUUAAUUGUGUGUCAGACAGCAUCUGCACAGUGGCUGGUGGCACCUUAAUUGGGGAGGACAGGCUCAUAGUAAUGGCUGGAAUGGAAUAAA